AUGCCACGAAUGACUGAAUACAAUGAAAUUGAGGGCACUACAGGUUGCUCCGAAUUCAGCACUUGUGGGCUGUUGCACAGAGUGUGGUUCGAAAAAGAAGAGAACAACUAUUCAGCAGCCAGAAUCUCAAAUUCCGAGGGAACCGCUCUUCAGACUUCAUCUCAUACUCGGUCUUCUCAGAUGGAAUCCGUUCUUCAGCCUGAUCUCCUUAAGACAAUGACUCAGAUCAAAGUGUGUUUUUAUGGCCGAGGCUGA